GGGGGUGGGGGGUGGUGGUGGGAUCGUUCGGAAGAGAUGCCGAACCGAGCCCUCCUUCAACCUGUGGAUAAGAAGAGUUAAAGAGGGCGAUCUCCAGGUUCUGAAUGGCCGCGACAUGGAGGAAGUACCCUGUCAGAAAGUCCGAAGCAGGCGGAAGAGAAGUCGCUGUCCUCCGGGCUUUCCCGUGAGGAGCAUCGCCUGCGAGGACGAGUUCGACUGCAAGGAGCUGGAGUCUCUGUUCCAGAACUACAACCUGAAGCUGGAGCAGACCUCCACGCUCAAAGCCCUGGCGGUGCUCAUCUUCAUGUCGUCCACGCUGGCCGGCGUGGAGCUGCUGUCCGGCCCCAGCCUCACCAUCUCCCAGGGCUCCCACCCGGUGCACUGUGUCAUCUUCACCUCCCUCUUCAUCGUCACCAACGUCAAGUACCUGCAGGUCACGCAGCUGCAGCAGAUCGUCAACCUCAGCCUCCUCUUCGGGUUCACCUUCUCCUUCCUCUGCUGCCCCUUCUCGCUGGGCGCCGUGGGCUCGGAGCCUCCCACGUCCCCCGACCAGGGCGUGUGGCAGCUGGUCCUGGUCACCUUCGUCGCCUACGCGCUGCUCCCCGUCCGGACCCUCCUGGCGGUGGUCUUCGGACUCAUGGUGUCCGUCUCCCACCUGAUUGUGACCGCCACCUCUGUCACGGUGAAAACGCACAAACUGUGGAGGACGCUUGUUGCCAACACGGUGCUGUUCACCAGUGUCAACCUGUCGGGUCUGUUCGUGCGCAUCCUGACCGAGCGAACGCAGAGGAAGGCCUUCCUGCAGGCUCGCAACUGCAUCGAAGAGAAACUGCGCAUGGAGGACGAGAACGAGAAACAGGAGCGCCUCCUCAUGAGUUUGUUGCCCAGGAAUGUAGCUAUGGAGAUGAAGGAGGACUUCCUGAAGCCCCCUGAAAGGAUCUUUCACAAAAUUUACAUCCAGCGGCAUGAUAAUGUCAGCAUCCUGUUCGCAGAUAUCGUAGGCUUCACCAGCUUGGCCUCCCAGUGCACCGCCCAGGAACUGGUGAAACUCCUGAAUGAGCUGUUUGGAAAGUUUGAUGAACUCGCCACGGAGAACCACUGUCGCAGGAUCAAGAUCCUAGGGGAUUGUUACUACUGCGUGUCCGGACUGACCCAGCCCAAGACUGACCACGCCCACUGCUGCGUGGAGAUGGGCCUGGACAUGAUUGACACCAUAACGUCAGUAGCAGAGGCCACAGAAGUCAACCUGAACAUGCGUGUGGGCCUCCAUACAGGCCGGGUGCUGUGUGGCGUGCUGGGCCUCAGGAAAUGGCAGUACGACGUGUGGUCCAAUGACGUGACUCUCGCCAACGUGAUGGAGGCUGGCGGUCUACCUGGAAAAGUCCACAUCACCAGAUCUACACUAGAGUGCCUGAAUGGAGACUACGAGGUAGAGCCAGGAAACGGCCACGAGCGCCACGCCUUCCUCCAAAAACACGAGAUUGAAACUUUCUUCAUAGUGCCAUCACACCGGCGGAAGAUAUUCCCAGGAUUAAUUCUUUCAGAUAUCAAGCCCGCCAAAAAGAUGAAGUUCAAAACGGUGUGCUACUUACUGGUGCAGCUCAUGCACUGCAGGAAGAUGUUCAAGGCAGAGAUUCCCUUCUCCAAUGUCAUGAACUGCGAGGACGGCGAUAAGCGAAGGGCCAUGAGGACGGCGCCCCAAAAGCUGAGGAGUCGCACCAACGCCAACCAGGCUAACGUGAUCCAGAGCAGCCCCAGAACACGGGUCAACCGCUACAUCGGGCGCCUGAUCGAGGCCCGUCAGACCGAGUCCGACACAGCCGACCUUAACUUCCUCACGCUCAUGUACAAGUCCUCGGAGCGCGAGCAGAGGUACCACCAGGUUCCGGAUGAGUACUUCACCAGCGCAGUGGUUCUGUCUCUAAUCCUCGCCGCCUUGUGUGGCCUUGUCUAUCUCCUUAUCAUACCACAGGGCGCAGUGGUCCUUGUGCUUCUCGUCUUCUGCAUUUGUUUCCUGGUGGCGUGCAUCAUGUACCUGCACAUCACCCGAGUACAGUGUUUUCCAGGGUGCCUGACCAUCCAGAUCCGCACUGCUCUGUGCAUCCUCAUAGUGCUCUUAAUCUACGCGGUGGCGCAGGCCUGUGUGGUGGGCUGCAUGCCCUGGUUGUGGGGUGGGGCCAAAACCAACAUCUCCAUCAUCGUCACUGACGUGGAGAGCGGCGCCAACCGCACCGCGGCCGAGCUGCCUUGCGAUGGCGCCCGUUACGCCUUCCUGUCCUGCGUGGUGGGCACGCUCACGCUGGCGCUCUUCCUGCGCGUCUUGCUGCCAAAGAUGGCGCUCAUGCUCCUCCUGGGGGUGCUGUACGUCACCGUGCUGGAGCUCAGCGGUUUUCGCAAGAGUGCCGGUGGGGGGUCCUUCCACAUCCGGGGCUACGAGCCCAUCCUGACUCUGUUGCUUUUUGUCAGCGCCUUGGCCCUCCACUCUCGGCAGCUCGACCUCAAACUGCGCUUGGACUUCCUGUGGGCCGUGCAGGCAGAGGAGGAAAGGGACGGCAUGGAAAAAGUCAAACUGGACAACCGCAGGAUCCUGUUCAAUCUGUUGCCAGCACACGUGGCCCAACACUUCCUGCUGUCCAACCCCAAGAACAUGGUGAGCUUUGCUCAUAGACAGGCAGACACACACAAAGAGCACCAGGAUCUGUACUACCAGUCCUACGCACAAGUGGGCGUGCUCUUUGCCUCCAUCCCCAACUUCAAUGACUUCUACAUCGAACUGGAUGGCAACAACAUGGGAGUGGAGUGCUUGAGACUGCUGAAUGAGAUCAUCGCCGACUUUGAUGAGCUGAUGGAUAAGGAAUGCUACAGAGACAUAGAGAAGAUCAAGACCAUAGGCAGUACCUACAUGGCAGCUGUGGGCCUCGUCCCUACUAUAGGAACCAAGGCCAAAAAGUCAAUUUCCGACCAUUUGAGCACCAUAGCGGACUAUGCCAUCGAGAUGUUUGACGUUCUGGAUGAAAUCAACUAUCAGUCUUAUAAUGAGUUUGUGCUGAGAGUGGGCAUCAAUGUGGGUCCUGUCGUGGCAGGCGUCAUCGGGGCGCGGCGUCCCCAGUACGACAUCUGGGGGAACACGGUCAAUGUCGCCAGUCGCAUGGACAGCACUGGCGCACCAGGGAAGAUACAGGUAACAGAAGACGUCUACCGCCUGCUCAACUCCAACUACGACCUUGUGUCCCGUGGCAAAGUCAGCGUGAAGGGCAAAGGGGAGAUGCUGACUUACUUCCUGGAAGGACGGGUGCAGGGCGUGGGCACGGCCACCAUCUCCUCUGUGGUGCGCUCGGCCAGCCUGGCGCGCCGCAUCCACUCGUGCGGCAAGACCAGCGUGCCCGCUAACCUGGGCAGCGUGUCCCCUGCCGCCUCCCUGGCCAACGCCGCCCACAUCCAGCCGACAUGCCUUCCCUCUCCCCGUGUGCCUGCGCUGGGUCAGGGGGAGGACGGAGAGGAUACGGAGGUGAUUGAGAUUGAGGCUGACGUGGCGGUGUAGACACGAACAUGUGAGUGAAGGUAAGAAAAGCCUCAAAGGAGGAGGCUUUUUCCAGCAAGCGGCUACGCUCAUCACACGCUGGUGUGAUCCGGACAAUCAUGCAGGGGGGGUCGUGAGCUGCUCGCCACUUCUCACCUCCAGGUGCAUCCCUGCAAAGGACGUGUCUAUUGAUCUAUUUAUUGAUAAUGGGAAUGAUCUUGUCAUUGCUUUUGCACUGUCUUUCUAAUGAUGCCAAGGAUGUAUUGAGUUAUUUACCCUUUCUUUUCAUGGUGCGCCUCAGCAUGCAUGCGUGUACUUGUGAGUGUGGAUGCAGGUGUGGUGGCGUUGUACGAUGCAGCAGCACAACAUUGUUCGUGCAUCUGAUUGUAAAUAGACACUCUUCCCUUGAAAGAAACCAAAGCGAUGGGCUUUUCAAGGAAUCCUCAGUUGGCUUUUUGCUUCGUCGUCCACCUUCUGAGGUGAAAUACAGUGGAACUUCUAAAGUCCAACGUUUGCCAUAGGGAAUAAUGGGAAUAAUCCGUUCCAGGUUAAAACUGUUGCCACAGUAAAACCUUCAGUAACUGUACAGUCCGUGUUUUGACUACAAAGAAUAAUAUGCAAGUACAAAAACCACCGUCUUGCCAGACAAAAGUAUUGGGACACGCUCGGGUCUCACCGCUUGCCGUCCCUUGUCGAUGCUGCCGUGGAUAAUACAGCCACUGAAAGCCAAAGAAAAAGCACAACACGGGCAUAAUGACCUGUGUCACGGCAUUCAGGCGCUUGUUAAAUGUUUAAAUGUUCCUAUAGGGCAUGGGUGUCAAACUCAAGGCCCAGGGGCCAGAUCUGGCCCGCCACAUCAUUUUGAAUGGCUCGUGAAAGCUUGGAAAUAAUAUGUAUCAAUAAAGUAGUGUAUCUUUCUUUCUUUUUUUAUUUUGACCGGGGAAAAAAAGACAUGUACUGCAUGCAAUUAUAUAUCUUUUAAACUAUAUCUAUCUAAUAAUGCAGCAGACAUUAUAUUAUCAUACAUUCGAAACAUUUUUGGGGUAAAAACAUACAUAAAUAUUUACUUAGCCUUUUGAUUUCAAAGCAAGUUAUCCAUCAAAUUGUACACUGUAAACAUGACAAUAAUUUUUUUUUUUAAACAGCUCGGCCUUCAGAAUCCUACCGUAAGAAAAAAACGGUGGUACCAUUUUUACAUUUACAGUAAUACACUGUGAAAACAGCAACCAUAUUUUUUAUGCAAAAAAACAAACAAAAAACUGGCAGCUCAAUCACCAGAAUUUUACAGUCAAAUAGAGUGUGACCAUUUAUGGUAACAUUUUUUUACCGUAAAAUCCACAGAUUUUUGUUUCUUACUGUGUAGGUAGAAUAUACAUUUACUAAUCAAAUGCAUAGGUAAUGGUGUGACAAUAUCAUGCGGCUAAUCCUUAUACAUGUAUGUUUCUUUUAUUAAUGUUACAUGCGGCCCUCUGAGGGCAGCCAAAACUGCAACGUGGCCCUCAAUGAAAACCAGUUCGACACCCCUGGGGAACUGCACUUUUUAGGGAAUUUUGCCGGUCGUUCACAAUCAUUAUGAAAUACAUGAAGACGGAUGGAUUUUUUUUUUUGCAUUCUAAAUAUUAAAUAAAUGGGAUCAAAAGUCAGCUUGCAAUGGAGCAAAGGGGAGCCGUUAAAUUCUGCCUAUAGAGCUCCUAAAAAGGAAUCCAAAAACCUCCAUUAAGGUUGGAUAUACCUGAUGUAAAUAUAUAUGUCAUGUAGUAACAGGCACAUUCAUAAUAACAUUUAAUAUUUACGUAUGUUGAUCAUUUUAAGCAUUGGUUUAAAAAAUGCAUCAUGACGUUUGCUCGUUUUUUUUUCCAUCACUGAUUAUUAAAUAAAUAUAAAUGAUAAAUGGGUUAUACUUGUAUAGCGCUUUUCUACCUUCAAGGUACUCAAAGUGCUUUGACAGUAUUUCCACAUUCACCCACACAUUCACACACUGAUGGCGGGAGCUGCCAUGCAAGGCGCUAACCAGCGGCCAUCAGGGGCAAAUAUUACUCACUGCAGACUUCAUGAGAGCCAAAAACCAAUAAUAAAACAGCACUUUUGUCAUUAGGAUGCCGACUGCUAGGAUGUUCAUAUAUUCUCAUUUAGGUGAAGAAUGUCUCGUCAUCCUCGCGAAGAAACGGGGUGGAGGGUCAGGGGGGGCCAAGUGCUUUUCUUGUCAUCCUCGCCAUUUCCAGGACCUAAAUGGCGGUCAAAGUGUCGCAACUUGUCAGACUAUAUCACCAGCCACCUUCUGUCCAGGUGAAAGGCAUGAUUUAUGAUCUACAAUAAACUUACAGGGAGCAAGGAAGCGCGAAAACAGCUGAUCAGUCAAUUAUGAAAACAUAAGGACACAGGAAGUGAUCAUGACGCCACUAUAAAUAAUUUGUCUGCGUUAUCGCUUAUAAUAACAUUAUCACCAAUACUUGGUUAAUAUUCAAGUUGUAUUUGAGAUUGUUAAUAGGGUUAGGCGAAAUAAGGGCUCAACUUCAGCCUAAACCCUUUCGGUUUGUAAAAUUGUCAAUUUAUGAAAUCAUGGAUGUAAAACUGUUUGUUUAUUAUGUUGACCACUGACUGAAGAAAUAAUAAACAAAACUACGUCGCUUUUUGAAUAGUUGGUUAUCGGAUUUUACGGGAAAGAUAAUGGAGCUCCCAUUAACUCUGCUGUAAGCUAACUUUUAUUUACGUUUGUUUAAUAUUUAGAAUGCAUUGGAAAAUAAAAAUCCAUCCGCCAAUAAUGUCUUUCAUAAGGAUUGUGAACGAUAAACAAAAUUCCCCAAAAAGUGCAGUUCCCCUUUAAAUGUCCUGCAAGUGUAGCCAUUGUCAUUAUCAAACACUCCCUUCAGGAUUUCACAGACUUUUUUGUGAUUCAUAAUGUUGCGGUAAAAGUUGCCAUAUUUUCAGGCUUAUUUUUUCUAAUAACACUGAAUCAAGUUGUGAUUUUAUGAAUGUGUUAUUCAUGUUUUAGGUGUUCCUUCUAACCUUAACCUCGACAAGAUUUCUACAAAAAUCUUAAAACAAACACUGUAUUGAUGUUUUACCUGUUAUUUAUUCAUUUACCCCCGCACCUUAGCAUUUGUGAACUGUUGAGAAAGCUAUCGACAGCAGCAUUUUUUUGUUGGUAAACGAGAGACGAUAAGAAAUUGUCAUCACACACCAACGUCUCUAACAUUUCAACGCUGUCUCUUUGCUUUGUUAGCAUUAAAUAAAAAUGUGUUCUCAUUUGUAUAGCUGGAUAAAUAAAGGUUUAAUAAAUAUAUGUUAACUACACGUUUAUAUACUCGAUUACCCAGAAGACUUAGUGUUGUAGACAGGAACAGGGAAUAAAGAGUUGAUAUAUUGUUCCACGUUGUUGUUCAACAUGUGCAAGUUCUGGUUAGACAGUUGACUUUCGCGUUUCAGCACCGAUCAGAGACAAAUUGGACUGGCGAAAAUGACGCUGGUUGGGCAAAAUUUGCGGUGAAGUUGCGGGCAUUGGACAAAGUUGCGCAUAAUUUGAAUUAGCGUAAAUUUGGGAAAUUCCUUAGAGGACAGAUUAAUCAUGUUAAUUAAAUGUAAAAAAGGGUAAAACUAUGGUUCUGAACUCUUAACACACAAGUGUCAAACUCAAGGCCCGAGGGCCAAAUCUGGCCCACCACAUUAUUUUAUGUGGCCUGCGAAAGCCUGGAAAUAAUAUGCGUAAAUAAAAUGCUUAAUCUUUUCUUACUAAAUAUAUUUUUUCUUUCCCUUUUGACAUAAAAAAUCAUGUACUGCAUGCAAUUGCAUAUCUUUUAAAAUUCAAUAUUAUCAAAAUCUAAAUAUUAUCAUGUAUUCCAAAAAAAAUUUUUUUUUAAUAAAGAUAAAUACUGUACUUAAAUAUCUGCUUGACUUAUGAUUUCAAAACCAAUUAAAAAUCAAAUUGUAGACUGUAAAAUUGACAAUGGAUUUUACGGUUAAAUUCCGCCGACUAAGUUUUUUACCCUAAAAUCAACUUUGGUACUGUUUUUUCCCAUAUACAGUAAGACACGUAAACAUUAAAAAACAAACAUAAAAACCGUUAAAACCAAAAGAUUUUACGGUAAAAAAAAAAAAAACUGGCAGCGCUGUUGCUUGAAUUUUACUGCUAAAAACAGUGGUAUUGUUUUUCCAUUCCAUUCCAUUUGUUUAUAUGCUGUAAAAAACCCACUGCUUUACUGUAAAAUUCUGGUGACUGUGCUGCCAGUUUUUAAAGUAAAAUUUAAAUGUUUUUUUUGCAGCUUAUGUAAAAAAAAAUGUUGUUAAUGUAUUAUACAUAUACAUAUAUAUUCAUAUUUUACUCAUUGUUAAACGCGGCCCUCUGAGGGCAACCAUAACUGCGAUGAAAACGAGUUUGACACCACUGUCUUAACACAAAGGAGAUUCGUGUCGCAGUUAAUUAUUGUAACAUUACUAAUAGUCAUACAAGUGUAAAAAGAAGUCAACCAAUGUCUUGCUGGACAAAAGUAUUGGGACACACAGAGGUUCCACUGCUUUAAAUGUGAGUCUGUCACAUUCUUCCAUACUUGGUAAGGUGGCUUAGGUAAAAAAAAAAUUAAUACAUUUUAAAAAAGCCAGCUAAAAAGCACAACAAGAACUAAAAUUGGGCUGUCAGCUGAGUUUUCGUUCAAUUUUUGCAUUUUUAACCGUCUUGCAAGUAUAAAAUAUGUGAACUUCCAGUGCAAAGGUGAUUCUUUAUCAAGUGUAAAAAAAAAGAGUAUCGGGACAAACCAGCGUUCUUACUCACUUGUACGUGACUUUGCUUACUUCAGGUUCUUCUUCUUCUCUACUAAAAGUCAGAGAAAAAGACGUAGAGAAAGAAUGGCUUAAGGAGGCUUUGGACUGUAGAGGUUCCACUGUGUGUUUUCCCCCACUCCUCCGGCACCCAGGAAGGUGUGUAUGUAUCCAAAAUAGCUCAAUCGGGUCUUUGCUGCUGUCAAAACUUAACAGUCAUAAGGUAGUGUGUGAAAACACACACCUACCUGCUUACAAUAUUACAGCAGGAAGACAGUAUUAAAGCACACACACUCUUUGCACAACGCAAACGUACUUUACAACACGUUUUCCGACCAGCCAUGGAAACUCGGGUGCAAUGUUGGGCACACAUUCCUGCUAGCGACACCAUAUAGAUGUAUUUUUAUUACAUUAUUAUCUGCAUUUGUUUUCACUCGAGCUGCAAACGUCCUGUUUCUGCCUUACUUCAUAAGCUUACGGUGUUUGCAGCCUGCCUUUUUACAGUAGAUAUAUGUUAAUUUUGAUAUGCAGGUCAUAUGCUGUGGAUUUAGUUGUUUUUUUUGUAUGUGACAGGCCUCUUGUCAACAUCAGGAAAAGUCCGGUUGAGUUGCUCAGGUGGUAUUUAUUGUGCCAAGACCACAGUGCAAAAAUGGAUGUAGAAAAAAAACACAAUAUCAAAAAUAGUUUACAUUUAACAAUAAAAGUAUAGUCAGCAACUGAGUUCUACCUUAACUAUGUUCUUUUUAAAGUGCAUAAAAAAAAUCUGCGCAUGCGUAUUAAUCAAAAGAAUGCGGAAGCAUGAUUGCGCAUUGAAGAAAUCUUUCAUUACGCUACAUUUUUGUGUCUUAUCAUUUAAUAUAAUUUAGUAAUAUUAGUUUAGUAAUAAUAGUUCAACAUGAAACGAUCAAAUGUAUGUUUAAUUAAGUUGUGUUUUUGUUUGCUAGGAAACCAAGUUUUCCCAGCAUGCCUCGCUCCACUUCCGAUUUUCGACGUCUUUUUCAUUUCAUUUCAUUUUUAUUUAUCUCCUUCAUUGAAGUGCAUCUUUGAUCGAUAGACAAUUAUACCUCAAUUAUUCAAUUAUACAGUUACACACCAAUGCCUGAGAAGGAGCAGGAUGAAGAAAAAUCUUAUAUUUUCCUGCCCCCUUCAACAUAAUACGUAGUCUUACUUAAUGAUAUCAUAUAAACCAGGGGUGUCCAAAGUGCGGCCCGGGGGCCAUUUGCGGCCCGCAGCUAAUUGUUUACCGGCCCUCCACACAUUCUGGAAAUGCUAUUGCAAAAAUAAAAAAAUAACAUUAACAAAAGUGGAAUGAGGUGAAAUCUAACGAGAAAAAAGUGCAAUAUUGACACAAAGCUGCCAUGCAGGCUGUUUUCUAUACUUUUGUCUUUCUUUCUUAUGACAAAAAAAUCCAUGUUAUAAUGAAUUAUUUUCAAGGCUCCAAUUACUUCAAAUAUUUCACUUUAAAAUGUUUUAUGUGGUAAAUAUUGCAUAUAUUGUGUAGUUGCCAUAUAAAAACAUCAACGUUUUCUUUGACAAAAGAGUAUAAAACAAACAAAAUAAUAGUUCAAAUGUAAAAUCGACAGAUAUAUCUGAAGUUGAUCUCGUAACUUAAGUGUUGAAAGUAAAAUAAAUACCAAAUAAAAAUGUAUCACUUUAUGAGUGGGGCACCUUUUGGAUCCCAAAUAUAUUUAGUGGUAUUUUAUUUAUCUUUUCACUGUGAUUUCUCAAAAAUAUUAAAUAAUUUAAAUCAAUGGUGUCCUGCAUUAUUGAUAUUUUAGGGCUCUAAUUACUAAGUACUGCAUAUUUCAGUUUUACUAUAAAAAACAAAGUUGUUUCGGACAGAAAAGCCAUAAAACCUUUUUUUUGUAUUACUUAAUAUCAACUUGAAGUUGAUAAAGAGAUUUACUGUAAGCGUUAAAUAAAAAAAUAAUAAUAAUAAUUUGACUUAUUUUUAACAUUUUAAUGACUGAGCCCCUUUAUGGUCCCCAGGAACCCUUAAGGUAGUAUUUUAAAAAAUUACAUAUAUUUUGUAAUGGUUUGAAAAGGAAAAAUAGCAAAAUGGCCCCCACAUGCUUUAAUUUUCCAUGUGCGGCCCUCAGUGGAAAAAAGUUUGGACACCCCUGAUAUAAACCAACAAUUACAUCCAAAUAUAACGAAAACAAACAAAAAAACACAAGAAGUGCAAAACUUCAUGAAGUACAAACCGAACAAAAAAACCCAAAAGAAGUAAUAUACACCUCACGGGAUGAUACAAAACAAAUACAGAACCAGGCAAAAAAUAAGUAAAAUAAUAAAUAUAAAGCAAAAUGUAAACACUUAUGGCUGUCCAUAUGAUGUUAUUGUUCUGUCUUUAUAUAUUUUUUUCAAUUGGAAUAUAUUUUUACAAUCUUUUAUCUCAUUGUAAAGAGAAUUCCAUAGUUUAACCCCCACCACUGAUAUGCACAUUUGUUUUAAAGUUGUCCUUGAAUACCAUACUUGCCAACCUUGAGACCUCCAAUAUCGGGAGGUGGGGGAGGA